AUGCGCGCUGUAGCGUACCAGAUGGCCCAAUCAGCUAUUUUACACGCCAAAAAAACUGAACGUGAUUUUCAGAAGAUGGCGACCGCUCUGGUGGUGUCAACUUCAGUUCCUUCAAAUCCUGAAAAGGAAACAUGUGAAACAGCCAUUCAGAAGGUUGUGAGUCCUGAAGUGUACAUCAAGCAUCCAUUACAAAACAAGUGGGCUCUAUGGUUUUUCAAGAAUGACAAAAGCAAAACAUGGCAAGCCAAUCUUCGUCUCAUCUCCAAAUUUGACACUGUGGAAGACUUCUGGGCAUUAUACAAUCACAUUCAGCUAUCAAGUAACUUGAUGUCUGGCUGUGACUACUCGCUCUUUAAGGAUGGGAUUGAGCCCAUGUGGGAGGAUGAACGGAAUCGACGAGGUGGACGCUGGCUGAUAACUCUGUCCAAGCAGCAGCGAAAAUCAGACCUGGAUCGGUUCUGGUUGGAGACGCUCUUGUGUCUUGUGGGUGAAGGUUUUGAUGACUACAGCGACGACGUGUGCGGAGCCGUCAUUAACAUCCGAGCCAAAGGGGACAAAAUUGCAAUAUGGACCACGAACUACGAAAACAAAGAGGCCAUCACACACAUAGGGCGUGUGUAUAAAGAGAGAUUAGGCGUUCCGCCAAAAGUGAUCAUCGGAUACCAGUCGCACGCAGACACCGCCACGAAGAGCGGCUCCACAACCAAGAACAAGUUUGUUGCCUGAGGACCGAUAACCAGUACCAUCAGCCGUGCUUUCUUUUUCUGUUGCCAGCAUAGAUUUUCUGUAUUCCUUCCAUGAAUGUAACUGACGUGUUUGUCCACUAACAAACAUUUUGAAGUGGAGAUAAAAUUGCUUCCGUUUUUUGGCCACUUUACCAAAGCGUUUGGUUCUGGUGAGAGUAUGUGCAGUUAAAGUGUCGCACUAUGGUUUGGGAAUUUAUAACUUUGCUGUUUUUGUGGUGGUGGGCUGAAGAUGAGUAAAAAAGAUUUUUCAUGUCCUUGUUUCAUUUCCAAAUGCAGCUGUGUAUUUAUUUGAAUUUAUUUGAUUUAUCCACCCCCGAGUGUAUAUGCAUAUUUCUUUAAAGCACUUAACAUUAAAGGAGAAAAAAAAACAAAGGAGAACAUUUUAUAUUUUUGGUAUAAGCUGUAGUUUUUUUGUUUGAACUGUAUGUCCUCACUCAGCUGGAGUAUAAAUGUUUGGAUUUAUUGCACAUUUAGCUGCAUGGUGGAAUUUUUAACCGUGCAUUGUGACUCACAUCUUCUCAAAGUGAAGAGAGCCGAACGAACAGCUUGAUAGGAAAUCUGUGUUCAACCCGUUUUCAAAGACAUGUGAGCAGACUAGGAACGUGUGGACACUUUUGUGCAGUUGUGGUUUUCCAGUUUGACAAAUUAUUUGAAAGUAACUUUAUCGCCAACGCUGCAAAAAGGAGGUCUUGGUUUGAACUGUUUAGUUUCUCGUCAAGCAGAAAGCGUUAAAACAGACGUAAACCUAAAUGUCUAGAAUUUUGAGUUUCAGAGCACAGAAAGAUGUCAGCGAUGAAAACAUUUUGUGUCGCAGUAUGUUUUUAAUGAGGAUGGUAUUUUCCAAAUAUGUGUAUUGUUGGGUAUCUAUUUUUUUGAGUGGACGAGCCAUGUUACAGUGUACAGCUAAGAAUGUUCAUUUGGUAUGCGGUUUGUCGAUCUGCUCUGAAUAAGUUUACAUCGUUUAGUUAUUUACAUUCCAGAUUUGGUUUUCUUUGUGGUGUGAGCAAACCUUGUUUGGAGGGACUGACCUGUGCCUUGAAUGUAACGCGCUGCCCCAUAUUUCUGGGCAGUAAAUGUACAAAGGAGUGAUGUAAAUAAACAUGU